GUUUGAAUUGAGAAUUGAGAUAUUGUAGAAUUCAGUGAGAUGAUAGGUUAUCUUAUACUAAAUGUUUAUAAUUUAAUUGUCUAAAAAUUUUUUGUUUGGUUGAAGCUAUUCUGUUCAACCACCAACGAUAAAUUAAUCGUGUUAGUUUUGCUCGUAAAGUAGUGUAUAGUUGUGUUUUUUUUUAUCCAAGAUUAGAAUUCAAUUUUUUAAUAUGGAUACUGAAGAAAAUAUAGAAAUUCCUAUUUCUGAUAUUUAUGACGAUUUCGAUAAUUUCGAUUUAGGAGAAACUGUGGAAAAACUUAAAGAAGAGAAUGAAAAGCUGAAGAAACAAAUCAUUGAACAAAAUGAAGACAUGGCAAAGUUGCUUAAGGCUCUUAAUGAUAUGAAAACCACAAACGAUAAUUUAAGGAACAAUAUAUCCUCGUUAUUGUUGACCGCAAAGGCUGAAUUGGGAAGAAAGGAUAAUACUAUAGCAGAUUUGAGAAGAGAUUUGGACAACAUUGCUUUUAGACGAUACAGAGAAAAUUUCCAAAAAUAUAAUGGCUGUAGUAAAGCAAUAUCCCAAAAUGAAGAGCAACUUUUAUCUACAUGUGGGAAUAACAAAGAAAAUAAAGAAACAACUCUCAAAAUAGAGAAAUUACCUUUGGUUAAAUCUAAAAAUGUAUAUCAACAUUCUGUGGAAACUUCAAAUAAUUUACAGACAAAUACAGAGCAGAGUCUUGAUAAGUUACAUAGUAGUAGGUAUAACAAUUAUCAAGAAAGAGUUUUGAACACUAAUAAGGAAACAAGAGAGAUUGAAUAUUUAGAUCAUCCCCAACCUUUGUUUGUGAAAGAUUACAAUUCAGAGAUAUAUGUAAAGCAAGAAAACAAAAAUAGAAAUAAAAUAUUUGAUUCAACUAUACAAAAACAAAGUGAAUAUGACAAUUUAGAAAGAAAUCAGAAUCAUGUAGAUAAAAGGUGUUAUGAUAUAAAUCAAUAUGAAAAUAUAGAAAGAAAUUAUAAACUAGAAGAUGUGGACAGGCAUAAGAGGCACACAAACAAAAAUAACCUCACAAAUCAACAAGACAAUCACGAAGAUUCAAGAUGGAAUAACAAAAAAACUAGAGACAGAAGUAGAUACAGGAAUGAUGAAGAUAUAGAUCUAAGAAGGGGCAGAAAUGAUUAUAAAAGAAACAGUAAUAGGUUUGAUGGAAGAAGCAAGGAUUUGAGAUAUGAAGGGAGACGAAGGGAAGAAUCUGAUGAACAGUUUUCUAGAAGGAGGUCUGACUAUCGCAAAGAUGGCAAAUCCCAGAGUAUAUAUGGAAGAGACAGAUCCCAACAUCGACUAUCACGAUUCCCAGAAAGAAAGCGAAAUUCAUUGGAUAGGUACAAAACUCAGGAUGAUUUGGACGACUACAUAAAAGAUAAAUCUCGUACAGGUAAGAAACUACUCAAUGUUGGAGGCAAGGUAAAAGAUCAACGCAAGAGCUGUUAUAGUGCUGCAUUGGGAGAGAACUUUGAUAUUAUUGCAAGUGAAGAAGGGGAAAUAUAUGGCACUGAAGAAUAUAACGACGAAAAUGAGAAAAAAGAAUGUAAAAUGGAUGAAACUAACACUGACCUGAAAAUAACAAUUAAUAAUAAGAAUACUAGGCCCUACGACUUUUUUAACAAAGAGUUAGGUAAUAUUUUAGAUGGAAUACAGAGUGACAUUCGGAUUAAAAAUGGCACUACUACUCUAGAAUGUAACCAUCAAACUGAAACUAUUGAAACAGUUGUUGAACCCCGUUGUGCUACUAAGACCAAAGCUGAUUUACUUAGUCAAGUACUUCAGAAAAAAGCGGCAGAAAUAUUCAGUCCAACUAAACUAGAUAAGAAGAAAAAGGAUAAGUCUAGAAAACAAGUAAAAUUAAAAAUUGAAGAUAUAUUUGGACAGAGUUCUGUUGAUGAAUUCCCAGAGAACAAUGUACAAGAGAAUAUUCCUUCUAUUGAAAAAAAAUGCGCAACAAAACAAAAAGUACUAUUAAAUAAUAUAUUUGGUGAUGAGUCGAAUGAUAUCUUUAAGGAGGACGAUGAUUUUCGAAAUUUUAGAAUGUUAGUUGAAGCUGAUAAUGUCGAUCACACAACACCUAAGAAGAUGAUGAAAUGUGCAAAGUUGGAGAUUAAAGAAAGGUUGGAAGGAGGAACUGGGAAGGAAGAGAAGAGGCUGCCGUCUUACGAUAUUUCUACAAAGAAAAAACGAAGUUCCGAUAAUGAUAAUAAAACUACUAGAAAGACCAAAGAAGAACAUUCAGAGGAUGUUAAAUCAGAUGUUUUUCUAUUAACAAAAAAACAGAGCAACGAAUUAGAUUCUUAUCAUGAGAACGAUGACCAAAUCGAGGAAAUAAAAAAGAAAUACAAUACAAAAAAACGUAAUAAUGGUGGCGACGAAGUUAAUAUAAAUAAACAACAUAAAUCAAAAAUUCUUACUGACAAAUAUUAUGAAGAACCUCCUUCGUUAAUAUCUGACUUUGAAUACACUUUUGUGGGCGAGCCAAAGGAUUCUAAACCGUCGGUACUGGAACAAGAAAAAUCUACCGAAAAUCUUGAAACUGUUUCGGGUAAACAGAAGAAAGUAAAUCAAGGGAAAAAUUUGACGAAAUCAAGUAGGAGAGAUGAGGUCGAUAUGUCUGUAACUCAAAAUGGAAGUAAUUUAAAAGAUUCUAAACCUUUAACAAGAAAAGAUGAAAAGUCUAAUGAGAAAGUUGAUACAGCAUUAGAUCAAACAAAAAAGGUUAGCCAGAGGAGAAAAUCAACGAAAUCCAAUUGCAGAUACGAGAAUGAUGAUCCUACAACACAGAAUGAAAGUGAUUUUAAGAAUUCCAAAACUUUAACAAUAGAAACAGUUGAUAAAUCUAGUGGAAAUUCUAACACUGCUUCAGAUAAAACGAAAAAUAUAAGUCAAAGGAGAAGAUCAACGACAUCAAAUAGUAGACAUGACAAUGAUAUAUCUACAGAGCAAAAUAAAAGUGAUCUAACAAAUUCUAAACCAUUACCAGCAAAUAAAAGUGAAAGAUCUGGUGAAAAUGUUUAUAUUUCUUCGGAUCAAACGAAAAAAAUAACUCAGAGGAGAAAAUCAAAAUCCAGUCGCAGAUGUGAUAACGAUUUUUCUGAAACACCGAACGUUGAAAGAGAUCUAAAUAAUUCCAAACCUUUAACAUCGGUACAAUAUACAUUAUGUAGUAAAAAUUCUAACACUCAUUUAGAAAAAAAGAAAAAACCUCAUAAAAGAAGAAAAUCGACAAGAUCAAAUAGUAGACAUGAUACGGAUAUAUCUAUAACGCCCGAUGAAAGUGAUGACGGGAUUAAAAUUAUUUCCAAGUCUUUAAAAACAGUCAAGAAUAAACUAUCUACAGAUACUGGUAAAACUGAUGUUAGUUCGAUUGAAAAGAAGGCUAUAAGAUCAAAAAUGUCAGAUGAAAUUAACACAUCUACAAUUAUUAAUGAAAAACGUUUUGCAGAACCUCCACCUAUACUCUCUGAUUUUGAAUAUACUAUUUUAGAAGAUCUGAAUAAGUCACAGUCAGUAAAAAGUCCAACCAAGCUCAAAGUAAAUACUAAAUCAGAAUUGCCUACAAAUAUAAUAAGAACUUUUGAAAACACAGAAGAACAUAAAAAUUUGAUCCAUUCACACAGUUCUAAGUCUGAGUUAUUAAAAGAAAUUGAAGUGAAAAAAUUAGCCGAGAAGAAUUCUGGUAAAAUCAGUGCUAUGAAAGCACAAAAAGUUGGUGCAAAUGCCAAGACGACCAGAAACUAUUCUGAGAGUCACACAGAUGCAGUUACAGUACCGAAAAUACUAGAAGCAUGUAUAUCAGAAGAAUUGAAGGAAUCAUUUUCACCUUUGGACAACAAAAACUUUGAAUCUUCCAAGAAGGUUGUUAUUGUGAGUGACAUAAUGGUGUCACCGAGUAAGAAAAAGAAUUUUAACAAUUUUGUUAGCCACGACAAAACAAUACAGGGAGUUUUAGAUGUACCGACUACUGAAAAUGUGAAUAAUAUCACAAGCUGUGAUGAAGUUGCUUCAAAGCAAGAAGAAAGAAGAGGGCUAACAACAGAAGUUUGUCUGAGCACUGAAUGUGUAAAACCAAAAUCUUUAUCUAGAAAAAACCUUUUACUUGAAAGAUAUGCAUCACAAGAAGUAAAUAAUAAAAAUUUGGACACUAGUACAACGGUUUCAUGUGUUACAGUCAACGAAAAUAACGUACAAGCUAAAAAUGACAAUGGAAUUCAUAACAAAAGGAAACAAAUUGACGAAAGUAUAUAUAUCAACCCCCCAAAAAAGAAAAAAAAUUAUAAUGCCCCAGUAAAUUCUAUAGAUGACAGGAAAAACGACGAGACCAGUUCUAAAAAUAGAAUAACCAAGUCUGGUGCUGAUCAGGAAUUGUUUGAAACAGCCAAAGUUGUUAAACCAGUGAAACAACCAGCACAGAGAUCUGGAAGCAGUAGAGAACAUAGUUCUGAACCUGAUCAAGUACUGAAAGAUACAGCCAUAUCAGAAAAAGACUCAUUUACACCAAAGAAAAACAUUAAGAAAGAAGUGGCUUCAAAAUAUAAUGAAGAAAUCACAGCAGCAACAAAAGCAAUAUGUGAAUUAGAAAAUAAAAACAAUGUAUCAGUUAUUAAAUGCAGAGAAGAUAAUAUUGAUGUGACUUGCAGCACAACUUCAGAACAGACCAAAAAGCAGAAAGAUUUAAGUGAUUUAGACAUUUCAGCUAUUUACGACAAUAAAAUAGCACCUACAGAACAAAACAUCAUCAUUCAAUCUACACAACAAAAAAGUACUGUGGAUAGUCAACCAGAAAGCAAAGAAAACGUUAUUUCAUCGUCUUCUACUAUUAAGAAUCCACACAAUUCUUCCACAUGUUCCACAGAAUCACCAAAACCUCGAAAAAGAAUAACUCCUAUACCCGUUAAGGACGUUCCUGUUUGUACGUUCACAAAUAUUCUUAAUAAAAGUGAUAACUUACCGAAACAAUUGCCGAAAAAAGUUGUGAUGAAUACUCACUUGCCGGAGGAUACCGAUAUUCCGAUUCUUCACCUUGAAGAACUCAGUUUUAGUAACCUUGGGGAAGGUAAAACGCUCGAUAAAAGUAUUAUGAAGUUUUUGGACGGUUUUAGCGUAUCUAACUUAGACUGCGAUGUGUCUAGAGUGAGCAAUGAGUCACAGAAAAAAGAACCGCUAACAUUCACGAACGUUUUAGAGAAAAUCAAUUCACCUUGUAGGAAUAUUGCAGAUUUUACCUCACCCGAUCAACAUGUACCACAGGUGACGACGUCGACACCGAAAAGUGUUGAACUUUCAGCACUUAAAUCGGGUCAGACUGAAAAAACUCCAACUUCAGUCACGAAGACUGAUACAGAUGUAUUAUCUCCUGAGCUACAAGAACAUCAAAAUAAGGAUGUUAGUAGUAAUAAAAAUAACAAAGCCGAAAAUGUUAAAAAUGUGCCUUUUACAAAUUUAAAUACUCCUGCAAGAUUUAGGAGGAGGUGUAGAAUCAUAGCUGUCAGGAAACUGUAAAAAAGUACCAUACUAAUUAUUUAUUCCCGGACAAAAUUGUAACUGACGUUGAGCAAUAGUAAAAUCCACGUUAUUUGUUUGAAUUUAUUGUCUCAAGAAAUUAUACAUCCUUUCUUAAAAUGAGCUGAAUCGUUCAUUUUGAUGAUUAGAUUUCAUGGCCUUGGAAAUAACACUUAAAUUGUGUUAUUUUUAACUAACAUUUGAUUAAGAGCAGAUUCGCUUGAAUAAUAAUAGCUUCGAAGAAACUAGCGUUUCGAUUUUGUGUCCUUGUCAUUUGGUUGCUUGAGAUCAUUCAAAUAAGCGCAAUUUAUUGAAGAAUACAGAAAAUUGCAUUUCAUUUAUUCAGCUGUAUUUAAUCAUUCUUAUAAAUCGACCAAUUCGACGAUCUCGAAUAGUAGAUUUUCAAUUCAAUUCUUUACCGAUUUAAUUAACAUACUAUAGAUUACCGAAUACAAAUAGCAUAUCAUCAGUAAUCUCACUCUUAAUUAGUAAUUGAUUAAGAACUAGUUUACAUAUAAUGAAUAGGGUCUUUACUUCUUGUUCAAUAAUACAGAAAACUACACUUCCUUUCUUAAUAACCCAUUGAACGGUCACCUUAAACAUGCGUUGAUAGUGAUUUAAAGAAUUCUAAACCUUCAACAUCAGUACAAGAUGAAAUAUUUAGUGAACAUGUUAAAACUGAUUCAGAUAAAAAUAAAAAAUCAGAAGAGAAGGAAAUGAACAAGAUCAAAUAACAUAUAUAAGGCCGGUUUAGAACGCCGAGAAACCACUGAAAUAACCAGCACGAAGAUCUCCAAGCAGUAGAGAACAUAGUUCUGAACCUGAUUAAACACUGAAGGAUACAGCCAUCUCAGAAGAAGACUAAUGUGCACCAUAGAAAGAAGUGGGUAGAAAAUAUGAAGAAGAACAGCAGUAAUAAAAGCAAUAUGUGAAUUAGAAAACGAAAAACCAAAACUAAAUAAGAACAAUUUAGUAGUUACUUAAUUUAAGAACAUAAUAGGAUACUUUCAGGCGAGGAGUUUUACAAGGGCAGAAACCUUCAAAUGAUUUAGGCAUUCCAGCUACUUCCGAUAACAAAAAAAAAACACAAGAAGAACAACAUAAAGACAUUAAAUAUGCACAGUAUAAAAUAGUGUCGAUAGUCAACAAGAAAGUAAACAAAGUUAGUUGAACGUCUUCUAUUAAAGAUUCACGCAAUUGUUUCACAAGCUCAUUGCAUUACCAAAACCCUCUAAAAGAAUAACUGCUAUACCCGUUAAAGAUGUUCCUGUUUGUUGGUUCAUAAAUAUUCUUAAUAAAGUAAUGAUUUAACGAAACAAUUGCCGAACAAACUUAGGAGGAAUACUUAUAUCUCGGAGGACAGAAAUUUCUAUUCUUCAUCAGAACUAUUUCUUAUACUGUUUCUUACUAUUUAGUAACUUUGGGUUAGGUCAAAUGCUCGAUACAAGUAUUAUGAAGUUUUUGUACGGUUUUAAGGUGUCCAACUUGGAGUUGGAUAUCUCUAGAUGAGUAAUGGACAAUAGAAAAAAAACAUUAACAUUUACGAAAGUUUUAGAGAAGAUCAUUUCACCUUGUAGCCUGUUUAAGAUUUUACUUUUUAUGAUCAACAUUUACCUAAGAUAAUGACGUCGACAACGGAAAAUGUGGAUCCUUCACCAAUUCAAUCCGGCAAGACUUAAAAAACUCCAACUUUACCCCGAAGAUUUAUCAGGUUAUAUUAUACUCUCAGCUAAAAUAAAAUCAACAUUAAAAUAAGGAUGUUAGUAUUGAUUUAAAUAACAAUAAAAGCCACGAAGCUGUUGAUAGCGAGAAUAUUAAAAAUGUGCAAUGAAAGUGCUGCUUGACGUUUCAAUUUCAUUUCGGAAAUCUUUCUCAAAAUACAAACAUUAAUACAUUAAAAUAAAUUUUUUAUUUAUUUUUUUUUUGUUAAAUUUGUUUAAUUUAUUGAAGGUUCUGAUGGAAAUAAAAUUAAUUAUAUAGAGGCCUUUUUAGAGUUGCUGGUAGAUAAACUUAAAAGAAGACGUUAACAAAUUC